GUCAUGUUGCGGCUAUCCGGAACGGGAAAAAAGAUCGACAGUCACUUCUCGGUUUUGCGAUGAAUCGCCGUCGAACGGGGACUUAUCGCAGGCGAAAAUGGUCGGAAUACCCGAUAGCAAAUCGCAUGGCCCCGAUGUGGUGAAUAAUUUUAGUAACGCUAACCCCGUAAUGAGUUUCAAAUAUAACAAAUAUAAUAAUAAUGUUACAUUCCAGCAAGUUCGCAAAUACAUAGAUGAUGACGACGACGAUGAAGACAUGGAGAAAGACGUUCAAAAUGAGAGAAUUAACGAGACUGAUUUAUUGUUCCUUAAAGAACUCAUGGAUAGUCCAAUACUCAAUACCUUAGUGAGGGUUCACGAAGUUGAAGACGAAGUCCUAGACCCGCCGCAGCCCGUCACAACAGAGGCGCGAGAUUGGCUGAAAGAGGUCCAGAUACGUUGCAGUUUGUCUUGGAACCGGGACGCCAGGGAGCUCGGAACGCUACUCAACAGCCCUGAAUUGAAACACCUGGUCGAGUGUCACGACGACAUCGCCAAAGCCUACAACAAUCCACCGUCGGGCAAGAGCCAUUCGCCGAAAUUAUUUCCCAACGGCAUGACGGGCGAGGAGUACAGGAUGGUGGGGGUGCGGAAAAAAGCCGGAGAACCCUUAGGAUUGACGGUGCAAGUGGAUGACAACGAGAAUCUCAUCAUAGCGCGGAUACUCGAAGGGGGAAUGAUCGAAAAGCAGGGUCUGCUGCACAUCGGGGACGUUAUUCUAGAAGUCAACGGCGCGCCGGUGGCGACGCCGGAGGACCUUCAAACGGAAAUAGCGAAAACCAAGGAUCACGUUACGCUUAAAGUGCACAGCGGAAAUAACCCGAAUCCAGUGACUCAUUCCAAUAUAGUCGUCGCCAACGGAAACAACGGAAUCAAAAAGAAAUUAACGUGUUACAUGCGAGCUUUAUUCGAAUACGACCCGCAAGAGGACACGUUGCUACCCUGCAAGGAAAUCGGUCUGCCCUUCGACAGGGGCGACAUCCUGCAAAUCGUCGACCAGAGAGACCCGAAUUGGUGGCAGGCGAAGAAAGUGGGCGGAGACGGCACCACCGGCCUCAUUCCCUCCUUGGAGCUGGAGGAGCGCAGGAAAGCGUUCGUGCCGCCCGAGGCGGACUUCGUGCACACGAUAAGCAUAUGCGGGGCGCGCAUCUCCAAGAAGAAGAAGAAAAUUACGUAUCAGUCGAAGAGCAAUUGCGACUUCGACAAGGCGGAGCUGUUGUUGUACGAGGAGGUGACGAAGAUGCCGCCGUUCAAGAGGAAGACUUUGGUGCUCAUCGGGACGCAGGGCGUCGGCAGGAGGACGCUGAAGACCAGGUUGAUCAACAGCGAUACGGAGAAGUUCGCUGGAGUCAUUCCCUAUACUUCACGACCUCCGAGGGUGUUAGAAGAAGCUGGUCAAAGUUAUUGGUUUGCGGACAGAGAAAAGAUGGACGAAGACAUCAGAAAUCACAAAUUUUUGGAGUAUGGUGAAUAUAAUGGCCACAUAUACGGAACACAUUUAGAUAGCAUCAGAGACGUUAUUAGACAGGGAAAAAUGUGCAUUCUAGAUUGCAGUCCCAUGUCGUUGAAGUUGCUUCACAAUAGCUCAGAAUUUCUUCCAUACGUGAUUUUCAUCGCAGCGCCCGGCAUGGAGCAACUAAAAAAUCUGUACGAUAUUGGAAAAAGCCAUUCGAAUUUAAGGCAUUCAAGUAGGAAUCUAACGUUUGACCGACAAAGCUCGAUACGUUAUAGUUCAAGAAGAGCAAGAACAUUGGAGUCUUUGGCUUCGUUGUACGAGGAGGAAGAUCUCAAAAGGACCUUAGAAGACAGCGCCAGUAUGCAGAGAACGUACGAUAAAUACAUAGAUUUAGUGAUUACGAAUAACGAUUUCGAUUCAACAUUCAAGCAAAUCAUCGAAGCCUUAGACACGCUUACCACCGAGCACCAAUGGGUUCCCGUUAACUGGAUCUAUUAAGAUUAAGAUUUAGAUAUGUAAAUAGGUAUGACCGAUAGUGCUUAUUACAUUCGAGAUAACUGCAAACAAUUUAUUUAAUGAUUCAUGCGUUUUAAAUCAAUUUCUAAUCAAUUUCACUCGAGAUAACGAUGCAAUUUAUUUAGGUUAUCCAUUUUUCUAUCGUUCGCAAUUAUCUCGAAAGGAAAUUUUUAUUGAUAGAUAUUUUACUGCCACGAUGAUGAGCGAACUCGCUACUGUAAGAAAUUGUAGGUACUAUAUCAAAAAGCCGCUUUGCUUUUGAUUAGCCUUUAGAUUUUCACUCUAUUGAUUUAAAGAAAUAUUAAAGAAAUCGUUAAAAAUUAGAAAAAUACUGCACUAGUAUACAGUAUGUUCACAAUAAUUUGGCGAUGAGGUCAGGAUCUGAAAUACCGAAUGAUUUGCUUUGCACCGACUGUAUGCAUGUUUACUCGAUUGGCUAUACAGGGUGUCCCGCAUAAGAACCGACAGAAAGAGCACUGAGCAGGAGCAUGUAGGGGAGCCCAAAAGGGGGUGCCCAACUUAACUUAAUAGAAAGUUACAGGCCUUCUAAAUGGAGUUACAAAUAAAAAAAAGAAUAUCUCAGUAAUACUCUAACUUAAAACAAGUUAAUUUGGUAUACGUUGAGUGCAACAAAAGAGCAUUAAUCGAUAGUUAGGAGAGAUCCAAUGAUCUACUUUAAAGUGUUCAUCAGGGAUGAUGCCCUUUUAAAAUGUUAAAAAUUCUGUGUCGAUUCUUAAGCGGGACACCCUGUAUAGUACACAAACGAGACGUCAUUUUCAGUUUAACUUGAAUAUUGUUUAGGAGAGUUUUAAUUUUUAUUUGUACGAACGUUAAACGUGUUUAUCUAAUUGUUGAACAAUCCGAAAAAAUAGUACACUUAUUUCAAUAAAUUUAGGUAUGUAUGAACACAGUUUUUGUACAGAAAACCUAAAAGUUUAUAUCCCUAUAAAUUAUUAUUGCAUUACUACUUAUACAUCGAAGCGGAAACGUAGAUCUGCUUUAAUAUGUAAAUAGACUAUUUUUAAAAUCACUCAUUGUAAAUGAACUUUAUUCUGUUUUAUGUAAGUUUCCGUACCAAUUUUAAGUAAAGUGAGAAUAACUUUUUAGAAAGCGGCCCGUUUGUAACCGUACUAUAUGAAUAGCAAGUUCAAUUUCUAAAUAUGAGAAGUUAUAAAUUACACAACGUAUAUUCUGAACAUUGUUAUGAACAUUAGUUUUAUAUAGAUAAUAUAAUUUUUGUUAAUUGUUUUAUUAAUAGAGUGCUGUUUUCGUAGGUGCAUUCUGUAAAAUUAUUUUCUUCAGUUUGGAUAAUUUUACAAAAUGUAUGCUGAAUUUUAUACUUAAUUUAAACCGUCCACUUUGUGUUCAGGAAACAUUUAAGUUAAAUCGUUUAUAUAUUUUUUUAAUUUGUGUCAAAUCAGUCCUUAUUUCUUUUUUCUUAGUUAUUUUAUUUUAAUUUUAAUGUUAAUUAUAGCGCUUAGAAGAAUAUAUACUUUGAAAAAUCAA